AUGGCCGCCCGGCCCAGAUUUGGUGAAAUUCGCUCCCCCUCCCAUGAUACCCUCCGCAGCGGGGCGCCCUCCCCGCGCAUUGAGCAUUACGAUGGUGAAAUUCCUCCCGCGCUCUCCCCGCUCGAUGCCUUUGCCGCCCAAGGCCGCCUUCUAGCCCGCCAGUUGGAGGAAUCCGCUCGGAGGAACCGUCGCAUGAGCCGAUUGCCUCCCUCCAGCGUGGCACGCUCCCUUUCGCAGCCACGACCGGGUUAUUUUCGCUCGGCUUCUACUAGCGAUGCUCGCGGGGGAAGACGCAAUGAGUUGUCGAGACAGCCGACGCAGAAGAUGAAUCCCGAGGUGGAGGAGCCUAAGUUUCGCCCACAGUCCGAACAUCCGCGGCUCAGCGCCAUCUCACACCUGUCAAGUGAAGUACCAGAUGAAACGGAGGCGCAAGAAGAACAACACGAGAUGCCGGAGGAAACAGAAGAUGACGAUGCCACCCCAAGGAAGGAAUCGACUGCUGAUGUGUUUGACUUGCCCCGCUCCGAUUCUCCGGACAACAUCAGUGCAUACAGUGCCCCCGAAGGACCCCGUCGCUUCUAUUCCGUUGCCCCCUCCUGUGCUCUUUCGGAGGGCCGCACGCCUCCGGCAGGGGUGGUUGUGAUGCCCCCGUCCCGAACCUCGUCUACCGAUUCAGCUUCUCAUUUAAACAUUCCGUCGCGUGGAUUGACUCCGUCAGCCUCUCUUCUCUCGCGGCCAUCGAGUGGUUCCCGAGCUGGCCAAUUCGAGAGCUCGGAUGAUGAUUAUAGCAGCUCAACUGCCGGCUCGACGUUCUCUAAGCCACGAAAAAUGUCCUCCAGCAGUGCAAUGUCUAUGCCUUACUCGCCCAUGUCCAAUGUUCAAAUUCGGUCUCAUCCUCGAUCUCCAUCCAUAAGCUCGGAAACUUCAAACUACGGGGGUCUGUCUCGCCCGUCGUAUAAUUUCUCUCGGCCGUUGAGUCGAUCUGGCACGAGUCUUUCGGCUCCCGGACCGGUGUGCUCAUCGGAAGGCAUACAGAGCACCAUUAACCGCGGACACAAGCCCAGCCCCAUCAGGGUGCCGUCUCCAUCCGAUUUGGCGUUACAUCCGCACGAGGAUCCCUCCUCAGCUGUGUCAUCUUACAUCCAUACAAAGUAUGCUUUACCUCGAGGACGCGCCGUCUGCCGUGAUUCAGUUGUCUUCUCAGGCCUGCAGACACCGCACUUUGAAUGGCAAGAACCGCUGUUUGAGAGUCCCGAUCGUCAAGCCCCUGCGGAGUCUUCUCGAUCUCGGCGUACUCCGUCCCCAUCACCAUCAGGCAAAGAGUCAGUACUUUCCAAGUCGCGCUCUAUGCAGGAAUCACCCAGCUCGUCUCGGAGGCUUUUGACCCCUGAGCCGCCGCUACCGCAGGCGACAUCUCUUUCGCCCAGCGAUCGUACAACACCUCCAAGGCGGACAUCCACCGAGUCUGCUACGGCAGAAACUAUACCAUCAGAGCCACCAUUGAGCGAACCUGCACCACCCGCGCAGUUGGAGUCCGAAAUAGCCAGGAAUGACAACGCCGAUACCACUUCUUCUGCUGGCUCUGAGUCCACUAUUCGCCCGCAGACAGCCAGGACACAGACUACAUCAGCGCCCAUCACAGCGGAUGAGCACGUAACCAAGGGUAUCGAAUGUCACGAGAAAGGAUCCCUCAAUGAAUCAACGUACCACCUUCGCAUAGCGGCCAAGCAGAAUCAUCCUACGGGGAUGUUGCUCUAUGCGUUAGCCUGCCGUCAUGGCUGGGGAAUGCGGCCGAAUCAGCAAGAAGGUGUACGUUGGUUGCGCAAGGCUGUGGACUCCGUCGGAUUAGAGCUUAUGGAUGACUCCAAUCCGUCGAUACCUGUUCGCAUGAGAGAACUUCAGAAGGCUUACCGAGCCCAAUUCGCCCUCAGUAUCUACGAACUUGGCGUGAGUCAUUUGAACGGGUGGGGUAUCGAACAGGACAAGUCUUUGGCCCUACGCUGUUUCGAGAUUGCGGGUCAAUGGGGCGAUGGUGAUGCGCUCGCGGAGGCCGGGUUCUGUUACGCAGAAGGCAUUGGCUGUAAGAAGGACCUAAAGAAGGCUGCGAAAUUCUAUCGCCAAGCGGAGGCAAAGGGAAUCAACAUGGUUGGGAAUAGCUGGAUUUACAAGGACAAGUAUAUGUCGGACGACAACCCGAGCUCCAAUUCGCGCGGUCGUGGUCGCAGUCAACGAUCUGGUAACACCCCCGACAAGAAAAAUCGCAGCAAGUCCCGCACUCGCAGUCUCUUCCACCGGAAGAAAUCAGUUGCUACUGAGGCCUGA